AUGACACUUCCUAUACCCUCGUUACCCCAAAGAAAAGUAUUAUUGCUUUCUCUUUUAAGGAACUUUGAUUUGCAGCCUAUAGAGAACACCGUGGAUGUGAUUGAUUAUUAUGCCACUCAGAUUAGUAUGAGAACAUCAGGUUAUGUGAUACGAGAUUUGAAGCUGCUCUUACGUCAAGCAGAGUUAAAAGCACGACGAGCAAAACCUGAUCUUGUAGAUCAUUUAGAACGACUCACGCUAUCAACGAGGUUUAUACAAUGGUCGGAUUUUGAACACGCUUUGGAUACCUAUAGACCCUCUCAACGAUCCGAGGUCGAAUCUACAUUACCUAAACGGGAUUGGGACGAUAUGGGAGGAUAUAAAGUUAUUAAGGAUAGAAUGAAACAGGCUAUAUUAUUACCGCUAUUGAAGCCAGAAGUAUUUACGAAAUUGGGUAUUAAACCACCUUCCGGUUUGUUACUAUAUGGACCUUCUGGGUGUGGUAAAACAGCACUUGUUCAAGCACUAGUAUCCGAAUCCAUGAUGAAUAUUAUUUCGAUUAAAGGGCCUGAAAUAUUCUCGAAAUAUCUGGGAGAAACCGAAAAUAAGCUUCGAAAGAUUUUUGCAACAGCUAAAAGAAUUUCACCCUGUAUUGUAUUCAUAGAUGAAAUGGAUGCUAUUGGAACAAAACGAGGAUUCGAUUCUGGAGAAAGUAGUGGAGGAGUUAAUGAAAGAGUGCUGAGUACACUUUUGAAUGAAAUGGAUGGUGUUGAGGGAAGACAAGGUGUUGUCGUAAUUGGAUGUACAAAUAGACCAGAUCAAAUAGAUGAUGCUAUUUUGAGACCAGGACGUUUAGACCAGUUAGUAUUUGUUGGAUUACCCACUUUAGAAGAUCGUGUCGACAUUAUCAAGACAUUAAUGAAAAAGAUAUCAGUAUCCGAUGAUAUUGAUCCAAGGAAAUUAGCAGAAGAGACCGAGUUUUGUUCUGGUGCUGAUUUGGAGAAUUUAUUUCGCGAGGCUGGUACGGCUGCAUUAAGAAAGGAUCUGGACUCUACAAGUAUAAAUGAUGGCCACAUUCAAUCGGUGAUUGUAACAAUAUGUGAAAGAGCAGAGGAUCAAAUUUUGCAGGGAAAAUUGGACAUGUAUGAAAAGUUUUUGCAUGAUCACACACUAUAA